AUGACCAUCGUCCUCCACCAUCUAGGAAUCUCCCAGUCGGAGAGGAUUGUUUGGCUCCUCGAAGAGCUGGGCCUCCAAUACAAACUCGUCAAGCAUGUACGCGAUCCUGUCAUGGCUCCUGGGUCAUUGAAGAGUGUUCCUGGCAAUAAGCCAGGCAAGGCCCCUUUCAUCGAAGACACCGACGCUGGGAUCACUCUCUCGGAAAGCAACGCCAUCACCGACGACAUCAUCUACAAGUAUGGCAACGGAAAGCUUGCUCUUCCUCCCAGCCACAAGAAUUUCGCAGACUAUCUCUACUGGAAGGACUUCGCCAACUCAACAACGCAGCCAAACAUGAUGACGAGCAUGUUCUUGACCCUGGGCAACGUGUCCAAGGAUGAAAUGAUAGCACAGUUCGCUGAAGGACGACUACAUGCCGGCUUCAAGCACAUGGACGAGAGACUCGGCCAGAGUAAGUGGCUUGCUGGCAAGGAGUUCACUGCUGCCGAGACGAUGUCUGUGUACGCCUUGACCACACAACGAUACUUCGGACCGCGCGUAAGUCUUGCUGGAUACGACAACAUCUUACGAUGGCUCAAGGAUUGCUCGGAGAGGCCUGCAUACCAGAAGGCAAUGGAGAAGGGAGAUCCAGAGAUGAAGCUCCUCCUCAGAGCCGACGCCCCUGAGGUCGGCAUGAUGGAGAGUGGUGGUUCGCAGAGUAGUCAUUGGAAGAAAUAG